UAUUGAAAAAACGCAUACAGUUUCGCAAAGUGAGCAGUCACCGAAAAACGCCUUCCGAAAACGUUUUGAAUUUGAUUUUUUCGAUAAUAUUUUUUAAGUAUUGGGAAAUUUCCAAAAACCAUGUGGUCGUACAAUGUGGUUUGGAUCAUUUUUCUGAGCGCUUCUUUGUUUUCCGUCGCAAACUCAUCGCCGACGGACAACACCGGUUUCAGGAUUAUACAUGAAGUGAACCGCGACCCUGCUAGCACAUGGAAGGCCGGCGAGAAUUACAUACCGGGUGACAACCCGAAAAGGUUGAUGGGCGUUCUUCCUAGAGACGAUAAUGCGUUCAGACUGGCUCCUAUCAAGAAACGCCAAGACACCUUCACGAACGACUUAUUGCCGGUUAACUUUGAUGCCAGACAACGAUGGCCCGAAUGUGCUUCGCUGUUGACGUCGAUAAAAGAUCAAUCCAACUGCGGUUCUUGUUGGGCCGUGUCCGCUGCAUCUGUGUUCAGCGACCGAUUGUGCAUAGCUACUGGCGGUGCUGUGGCCAUCAACUUAUCUGCCGAACAGCUGAAUUCUUGUUGCUAUAGAUGUGGCAAUGGAUGCGACGGUGGAAAUCCAGAAAGAGCUUGGAAUUUCUUCACACGACACGGACUCGUUACCGGCGGAGAUUACAAUUCAAACGAGGGUUGUCAGCCGUACAGCAUUUUCCCGUGUGGCCGUGGACGAGCCAGGUGCAUUGACGACGACCCAGAGACUCCAGAGUGUUUUGUGAAAACUUGUUCAAAUUCAAAUUACACCGGAGAUUACAGGGCUGAUUUACAUUACACCGAUGACGUGUACACUUUGACCACCGAAGAAGACAUUAUGCAUGAUAUAUACACCAAUGGGCCGGUUCAAGCCGCGUUUAUGGUUUAUACGGAUUUCAUGUACUACAAAAGUGGAGUAUACAAAUAUACCAGAGGUGCUGCAGAAGGCGGCCACGCUGUUCGUAUCUUGGGCUGGGGAGUGGAGAACGACUUGAAAUACUGGCUGAUUUCGAAUUCCUGGAGCUCGUCGUGGGGAGAUAAAGGCUUGGUAAAAAUAUUAAGAGGAGUGAAUGAAUGCGGUAUCGAGCGCCGAGUUAUAGCGGGAACGCCUCAUUUGAGAAAACAUUGAAUGCAACAAACGCGCAAUGAAUGUAAAAAAAAACGAAAUUACUCUUUUGGGAACAGACGAUAUUAUUAUUAUAAUAAAAUAACCCACUGUGGCCAUGUUGAA